GUAUAAACAAUGAGUUUCACUUUUCUAAGAAAAGUAACAACAACUUUUCCUCGAUUUUGGAUUUUACCAAAUUUCUGAUAUUAGAAUGGUUAUAUAUUAUGUUAAAUGGUGACAAACAAAGAACUGGAGGCAGCAGGAAUCUGCUAUGCUCCCCAUUAAGUAGAAUACCAGUACCAAGUAGGAUACCAGCACCCAUCAGCCCUGGUGUUGGAGCAUUUGGACGGUUGCCUCUUCCUGUAGCCUCUCGUCCUUUGAGACCUCUGAGAACUCAUUCUUCAGUUUCGAAUAGCCCAAGAGAUUUGGAAAUGGAGCAAAGCAGCACACCAACUGCCACCAAGCCAAUGGGGCCGCCAAGAACUAGCAUGUCUCGAGGAAGUGUGCGCAGUGGUUCUCGUGGUGUGUCAAGGGUAUCGGCAAACUCCAGAAUGACAUCUGGAAGAGGAUCAGCUGCAUCAAGUAAAAAAGAUUCAGAUCAAGAAGACAGUUAG